CAGAGCUCCGGAAUGAAGGACUGAUGGCAAUCGGUUGCCGGCAUUCUUUGUGUAGUUUUUGGGCAAGAGUAGCUAAAUCACGCCUAAAUAAUCCACGUUGACAAGUAUAAUUGUCCACAAUCGGGCGUUGCGGCUGUGCAGGGUCGUGCAUGUGUCUCCCUAUCUCAACCGCUUGUUCCAGCAUCUCGUGAAAUCAGACCAUGCAACGCGACUACGUAAUCCUACUUCACGUCUUGCUGGCCUUUUGGAUCCCGACGCAGGGGUUCUUGUUUGUUCGUAGGUCUUUAGCUUUCUACCGAAAAGGACAUGAACCCAUCACGUUUUGCAACCCGAAGGAAGAGUCUGAGCGGAAUCUGACACUCGCAACAAAACUUCACCAGAAAGCAGAAGCGCUCCGGGAUGAGGCCGAAGCCUUGAAAUUAGAACUUCAAAACGCCAAGCAGGAAAAGCUGAACAAAGAAGUAGCACGAGUGGAGGCCUGGAUUGAACAUCUACUCAUUAAACAAACUGUUGACAAAAACACGGAGCUGUUGUAUUCAGUGGAAGAAGUGAUGCCUCUUCUCAGGGACGGACGCUUUUCUCAGGAGCAAGUCCAGAAAAUGUUUGAUCGAAUUUGUGAAAGAGGGCCACCCCAGAGCCGGAGCAAGUGUUCCCCCAUCUUGGCAUUGCUGGUUGAUGCUGCGGGCAAGCUCGACGAGCUCGAUCGAGAGGAAAAUCCUAACAAACGAUGGAGCGGUGUCGUUGAGAGAAAGUUACGAAAGAAGCUAUUUGCUAUGGAUUGGAACAUAGACUUGGAAGCGGAAAACAAGGAAUGAAUACGUUCCUUUCGUGAAAGGAUUCUCAACCGAAUGCUCUACUCCCCUACAAUGGGAGCCCACUGAGGUGAUCACGUUUGCCCUUUUGUGCCUUAGCAGCAGUGAUAGCAAGAUAGCUCUCUUUCCGUAAUUCCCUGAGCAUGUUUUUGCGGUUCUAGCUCAAAAAAGCAGCCACAGUGGUUUCGUUUACUCAGAGGAUCCGGACUGGGGAACUCCUACUUGAAGAGAAUUGCACAGAGGUACAGAUUUGGCUCUUAGCGCUCCAGUAUUUCUGCUACUUGUACGAUUCAAAGUACUGUAGCGAGCAAAAUGUUUGUUGGGCAAAAGAAAGCGGGAGCCGAUGUAGAAUACAUCACUUAUUCUAGUGAGGUUUCAAAGGUGAGAUAUAUCGUAAAAAUUAAAAGCUGAAUGAAUCU